AUCUUCGAGGCGACGGUGGACAACGCCCGCACGGUGCUGCAGAUCGACAACGCCCGUCUGGCAGCCGAUGACUUCAGGAUCAAGCUCGAGGCCGAGCUGGCCAUCCGCCUGUCGGUGGAGAACGACAUCGCGGGGCUGCGCAAGGUGAUCGACGACACCAACAUGGCGCGCAUGCAGCUGGAGGGGGAGAUCGAGGCCCUCAAGGAGGAGCUCAUCUUCAUGAAGAAGAACCACGAGGAGGUGACGAUGGGGCCUGGGGGGGGGGCAUUGGGGGGUGGGCUGACGGUGGAGGUGGACGCGCCCAAGACGCAGGACCUGGGGAAGAUGAUGGCCGAGAUCCGCGCCCAGUACGACGCCCUGGCCCAGAAGAACCUGGAGGACCUGGAGAAGCAGUGGGGGCACCAGAUCACCGAGAGCACCAUCGAGAUCACGCAGAGCACCAAGGACAUCGACACG